AUGAGUUUAAGUCGUUUCUGAAACGUCUGCCCGCGACACACUUUCUGCCGGUGAGCAGCGUGCACCUGCUGUGGGGCAGCGACUGGGACCUUCAGAACCGCUAUCGGCUCUUGCAGAGUUCACUGGAGGCCCAGAGACUGAAGAUCCAGCGCACGGCCCGGAAACUCUUCGGUCUGAGCAUUCGCUGCCACCACAACCCAAACCACCAGAUGCCCAGAGAGAGAUCGGUGCUACAGUGGCUGAACCGUGUGCAGUCGUUCCUCUACUGCAACGAGAACGGCUUCUGGGGAGCCUUCCUGGAGAGCCAGCGCAUGUGCGUGUGCCACACGGGGGCCACCCUUUGCCAGCGGCCCAUCCCUUGCGUGAUCGGCGGCAACAACAGUUGUGCCAUGUGCAGCCUGGCCAACAUCUCGCAAUGCGGCUCCUGCAACAAGGGCUACAAGCUGUACCGCGGACGCUGCGAGCCGCAGAACGUGGACUCGGAGCGCAGCGAGCAGUUCAUCAGCUUCGAGACAGACCUGGACUUCCAGGACCUAGAGCUCAAGUACCUGUUGCAGAAGAUGGACUCACGGCUGCACAUCCACACGACCUUCAUCAGCAAUGAGGUGCGCCUGGAGACCUUCUUCGACCCACGGUGGCGCAAGCGGAUGUCGCUGACGCUCAAGAGCAACAAGAACCGCAUGGACUACCUGCACAUGAUCGUAGGCCUGUCCAUGAAGAUCUGCCAGAUGCGCAACAGCAGUGUGGACCCCAUGUUCUUCAUUUAUGUGAACCCGUUCAGCGGAAGCCACUCGGAGGGUUGGAGCAUGCCGUUCGGCGAGCACGGAUACCCGCGCUGGGAGAAGGUGCGACUGCAGAACUCGCAGUGCUUUAACUGGACCCUGCUGUUGGGAAACCGCUGGAAGACCUUCUUCGAGACUGUGCACAUCUACCUGCGAAGCCGCGCUAAGGUGCCCACCGUCCUGCGGAACGACACGGGCCAGGGCCCAGUGGACUUAUCCGAUCCCAACAAGCGGCAGAUCUACAUCAAGAUCUCCGAUAUCCAAGUGUUCGGCUACAGCCUGCGAUUCAAUGCUGACCUGCUGAGGAGCGCCGUGCAGCAGGUCAAUCAGUCGUACACGCAGGGGACCCAGUUCUACUCGUCCUCGUCCAUCAUGCUCCUGCUGCUGGACAUACGGGAGAGAAUUAACCGUUUGGCCCCUCCAGUGGCCCCUGGGAAGCCCCAGCUGGACCUGUUCUCCUGUAUGCUGAAACAUCGACUCAAGCUCAACAACAGCGAGAUGAUUCGCGUGAAUCAUGCCUUGGACAUGUACAACACAGAAAUCUUGAAACAAUCAGACCAGCUGACUACCAAACUCUGCUGAAAACACAAUUAGAACGAA